GUCCAAAGAGGAUUGGUGAUCUACGUGUGCUUUUUCAAGGGAGCUGAUAAAGAAAUUCUUCCCAAAAUGGAUUUUUAUUCUUAGGUAUAUUGACCAAAGUUUAACGAGAAGAACUGUGACCAGCUAGGAGGAUUGCUGCAAGGAAUGGAAUUAGCUCAUAGCUUAUUACUGAAUGAAGAAGCAUACAAUCAACUAGGUGAAGUUCAGAAGGCAGAGUUUAUUUUUGAGUGGUUGAGAUACUUGGAGAAGCUCUUGUUAGCAACCAGCAGGAAUGAUGUAAGGGAGAAACAGAAGACUCUUGUUGAACAGCUCCUGUCUUUGUUGAACAACUCCCCAGGGCCUCCUACCCGCAAACUCCUUGCUAAGAAUCUAGCCAUACUUUAUAGUAUUGGAGACACAUUCUCCGUUUACGAGGCAAUCGAUAAAUGUAAUGAUCUUAUUCGUAGCAGAGAUGAUUCUCCAAGUUACCUUCCUACUAAGCUUGCUGCUGUGGUAUGUUUGGGUUCCUUGUACAAGAAGUUGGGUAGAAUACUGGGUAACACCUUUACUGAUACGGUGGGGAAUAUUCUUAAGGCUGUGAAGAGUGCAGAGUCUCAAGGCCGAUAUGAGAUUAUGCUAAGUCUGCAAAAUAUAUUGAAUGGACUAGGAGCUGCUGCUGCACCUUGUCACAGGGAUGUUUAUAAAGCUGCUAGAUCCUGCUUAACAGAUAGAUCCAUGGCUGUUCGUUGUGCUGCUGCAAAGUGUCUCCUUGAACUUCAGAAUGAAGCCAUCUUUAUGUGGAGUACGGACCUGGACAGUGUGGCCACACUGUGUUUUAAGUCCUUUGAAGGUUCCAAUUAUGAUGUGCGGAUUUCUGUUUCAAAGUUACUAGGCACAAUAUUAGCUAAAGCUAUAACUUCUAAACAUCCAGGAACAGCAGCCUCACGUCAAAGCAUUCGCAGAGUAUCUCUGGAGGAAGUUCUGGAAUUACUAGGAACAGGGUUUCUACGUGGGAGUUCAGGAUUCCUUCGAGCCAGUGGAGAUAUGCUGAAAGGAACCAGUUCAGUCAGUAGGGAUGUUCGAGUUGGAGUUACUCAGGCUUAUGUGGUAUUUGUUUCAACAUUAGGAGGAGCUUGGCUAGAGAAAAAUUUUGCUGCCUUUCUUUCUCAUAUCCUAAGCCUUGUGUCACAGUCACACCCUAAAGCCACCCAAACUCAGAUUGAUGCCAUUUGCUGUCGCCGUUGUGUUUCAUUUAUUCUUCGAACUACUAUAGGUGGUCUUCUUGGAGAAAAGGCUCAACUUGUUGUUGUAAAGGAUAUUUGCCAGGCCAUCUGGAAGCUAAAGAAAGUUAUGGAUGCCGUAAUGAGUGAUGGUAAUUUGGAAACCCGGGUUGGUUCCACAGAUGUAGCAGCUAGCCAGCAUAUGCUGGUUUGUGCUUUACAAGAACUUGGAAAUCUCAUACACAAUCUUGGCACCACAGCGGCACCUUUGCUACAGGAUUCAAGUACAGGCCUCCUUGACAGUAUCUUGUCAGUUACUCUUCAUCCUAGCAUUUCUGUUCGACUAGCAGCAGCUUGGUGUUUACACUGCAUUGCCGUGGCAUUACCCUCCUACCUAACACCACUCUUGGAUCGUUGCCUUGAACGGCUUACUGGACAUAAGUCUUCACCUGAAGCAGUGACUGGCUUCAGUUUUGCUGUGGCAGCUUUGUUGGGAGCAGUAAAACAUUGUCCUUUAGGAAUUCCUCAUGGAAAAGGCAAGAUUAUUAUGACAUUAGCAGAGGAUUUGCUGUGUUCUGCUGCUCAAAACAGUCGCCUUUCAGCUCAGCGCACACAAGCUGGAUGGUUGCUGAUUGCUGCUCUGAUGACAUUAGGUCCUGCAGUUGUUAGCCAUCACCUUGCUCGAGUUCUGCUGUUGUGGAAGUGUGUCUUUCCAGCAUCUCCUAAAGAUCUAGAAACAGAAAAGAGCCGAGGAGAUUCGUUUACAUGGCAGGUAACCCUGGAAGGACGAGCUGGUGCACUGUGUGCUAUCAAGAGCUUUGUUUCCCACUGUGGUGAUCUCCUUACUGAGGAAGUAAUUCAGCGUCUUCUUCCACCACUUCCUUGUGCUGUGGAUUUGCUAACUCAGCUUUCUUCAAUACUAAAAAUGUAUGGAAGUCCUUUGAAAACACCAUCAGUGGUUUAUAGACAAAGACUUUAUGAACUGUUGAUUUUAUUACCUCCUGAGACCUAUGAAGGAAACCUCUGUGCUAUCCUCAAAGAGCUGGCUGCUGACUUGACUGCCCCUGAUAUUCAGGUGUCAGCAUCUACAUUUUUACUUCCACCCCUCUGUCAUCAGGAUGAUCUUUUGAUAUUAAGUCCUUUGUUACAAGAGACUGACCAUAGAUUUAUUGAAGAACAGCUCCUGCUUGGUAAUGGUGUUGCUUGCGGAAGUCUUGAAUAUGACCCUUAUUUGAUUUAUGAGAAAGAUGUAGAGGGAGAUUCAGUGCCUAAGCCCCUGCCUCCAGCACUAUCAGUUAUUAGUUCUGCAGCCAAGCUCUUUGGGGUUGUAUGCGCUCAUGUGGGAGAAACUCAAAGGCUUCCUAUAUUGGAACAGCUUUUGGACAGUAUAAAGCACACAAAAGGAGCUCGUCAGCAAGUGGUUCAGUUACAUGUUGUCUCUUCAGUUUCUAGUUUCUUGAAGUACGUGGCUCUCUCCAAGGGAUGUUUAGGUCCAGAAGAAAUGAAAAGAUUUGCCCUAACAUUAGUUACAGGAGCCCUAGAAAGUACCAACCCCUUGCUGAGAUGUGCAGCUGCGGAGGCGUGGGCUAGAUUAGCCCAAGUGCUUGAUGAUGGAGCUUUUACUGCUGGAUUAGCUCAAGUUAGCUUUGACAAAUUGAAAUCAGCAAGGGAUGUGGUUACCAGAACAGGACACUCAUUGGCCUUGGGGUCCCUACAUAGGUAUUUAGGAGGAAUAAGUUCUUCUCAACACCUAAAUUCUUGUAUUGGAAUCCUUUAUACUUUGGCACAGGACAACACUUCCCCUGAUGUGCAGACCUGGGCAUUACAUUCUCUAUCACUGAUCAUUGAUUCUGCUGGCCCACUGUAUUAUGUGCAUGUGGAACCUACCCUUUCUCUUAUUAUAAUGUUGUUGUUAAAUGUGCCUCCUACUCAUGCUGAAGUUCACCAAAGCCUUGGUCGCUGUUUGAAUGCCCUUAUUACCACGUUAGGUCCAGAGCUACAAGGUAACAGUACUUCAAUUUCUACCUUAAGGGCCUCCUGUCUACUGGGUUGUGCAGUUAUGCAAGAUAACCCAGACUGCCUUGUUCAAGCUCAGGCCAUCUCUUGCCUUCAGCAGCUUCAUAUGUUUGCUCCACGACAUGUCAACUUGUCUAGCCUGGUUAGCUGCCUCUGUGUGAAUCUUUAUAGCCCCUACUUGUUACUGAGAAGAGCAGUACUAGCUUGCUUACGUCAGCUUGUACAAAGAGAAGCAGCUGAAGUUUCAGAACAUGCUGUUAUGCUUGCUAAGGAUAGCAGAGAAGAGUUGACUCCAGAUGCUAACAUCAGAGAAGUCGGCCUUGAGGGGGCAUUAUUGAUCUUACUAGACAAAGAGACAGAUGAGAGAUUAUGCCAUGAUAUCAAAGAGACUUUAAAUUAUAUGCUUACAUCUAUGGCAGUGGAAAAACUCUCCCUCUGGUUAAAACUUUGUAAAGAUGUACUUGCUGCAUCAGCUGAUUGUACAGCUAUAACUUGUGUGGAUACAAUGCAAGAAGAAGGAGAUAAAGGGGAUGAUGCCUCAGUCCUGACCACCAGACGUGACGAAAAAUCCCAUCCUUUUACCAAUCCUCGAUGGGCUACUAGAGUCUUUGCUGCUGAGUGUGUCUGUAGGAUAAUUAACCAAUGUGAGAAUGCUAGCAGUGCACAUUUUGACAUUGCUUUAGCACAAGAAAUGAAAAAAAAAGAUUCAAGAAAUGACUUUUUGGUGCUGCAUCUUGCUGACUUAAUUCGCAUGGCUUUUAUGGCUGCCACAGAUCACAGUGACCAGCUCCGUCUUUCUGGCCUUGAAAUGCUGUUAGUUGUUAUUCGGCGAUUUGCAACUGUUCCAGAACCAGAGUUUCCAGGUCAUGUGAUUCUGGAACAGUAUCAAGCCAAUGUAGGAGCAGCACUUAGACCAGCUUCGCACUUUCAAGUAGGACACCACCUGGGAUGUCACUUGCUAAAAGCUGUGUCAGUAAAUGGGUUAAAAGAUGAAGCUGUAAAAAUAAUCUUUUGGACGCAAUCCUUCCAGGUGCUGGGAUUACAGGUUUGCAGUGCCUGGAUCGCAAGUGGAGUUGUAAGUGACCUUAAUGAUCUCCGAAGAGUUCAUCAGUUGCUUGUUUCAUCUUUAACUAAAAUACAGGCUGGAAAAGAAGCUCUAAGUCACUUAUAUAAUGAAAGUGCUUCUACCAUGGAGAUCUUAGCUGUGCUUAAAGCCUGGGCAGAGGUCUACAUAAUUGCUGUGCAAAGACAUAAAAACCACAGACAACCUCUGAAGACUACCAGCUGUUUAGAGGACAGUAUCAGAAAUGGAUCAUGUUCAUCAGAUGGACUUCUUGACUUAGUCUAUGCAGAUCUUGGCACACUAAGCAGACUCUGGCUUGCUGCACUUCAGGAUUUUGCUCUUUUAACUUUGCCUUCAGAAUUUGCCUCCCAACUUCCUGCUGAAGGCGGUGCUUUCUACACAGCAGAGACUAGUGAAAAUGCAAAAUUGCAGUAUUACAACUCCUGGGCACUUAUCCUCCAUGCUACGGCAUUAUGGCUUACAAGCACGGGCUUUGUUGUUGCUGACCCAGAUGAAGGAGCAUCUGAUCUCUCCAGGCCUGUAACACCAACUUCCAUGUGUCAGGGUUCAUCUUCUGGGGCUACCAUAAAGUCCCCUGAGGAUGUCUAUACUGAUAGAUUCCAUCUGAUUUUAGGAAUCAGCGUGGAAUUUCUAUGUUCCUUGCGUUCAGAUGCAACCAUGGAAAGCAUAACUGCUUGUUUACAUGCAUUGCAAGCCCUUCUAGAUGUACCUUGGCCCAGAUCAAAAAUUGGCAGUGAUCAGGACUUGGGUAUAGAAUUACUGAAUGUUCUACAUCGAGUAAUUUUAACCAGAGAAUCACCUUCCAUUCAGUUGGCUUCACUUGAAGUGGUAAGGCAGAUUAUCUGUGCUGCUCAAGAACAUGUGAAGGAAAAAAGACGAAGCGCAGAAGUUGAUGAUGGGGCUGCUGAAAAGGAAACUCUGCCAGAGUUUGGAGAGGGAAAGGACACCGGAGGACUUGUACCUGGGAAGUCUUUGGUCUUUGCAACACUAGAAUUGUGUGUAUGCAUUCUAGUUAGACAGCUCCCAGAAUUAAAUCCUAAAUUGACAGGUAGCCCAGGAGUGAAAGCUAGGAAGCCACAGAUGCUAUCAGAAGAUGGAAGUAGAUUGGUUUCAGCUGCGUUGGUUAUCCUUUCCGAACUUCCUGCAGUGUGCUCUCCUGAAGGAAGCAUCUCAAUUCUCCCUACUAUACUGUACCUCACAAUUGGGGUCCUCAGAGAGACUGCUGUGAAGUUACCGGGGGGCCAGUUAUCCUCGACGGUUGCAGCUUCCCUACAGGCUCUGAAAGGAAUCUUAUCUUCUCCCAUGGCACGGGCAGAAAAGAGCCACACUGCUUGGACUGACCUUCUCCGAAGUGCUUUAACAACAGUUCUUGACUGUUGGGAUCCAGUUGAUGAAACACACCAAGAACUUGAUGAAGUCAGUCUACUUACUGCUAUCACAGUGUUUAUUUUGUCUACCAGUCCAGAAGUAACUACCAUCCCAUGCCUUCAGAAGCGCUGUAUUGAUAAAUUUAAAGCUACUCUUGAGAUAAAAGAUCCCAUGGUGCAAAUCAAGACCUACCAGCUCCUACAUUCCAUCUUUCAGUAUCCAAAUCCAGCUGUUUCCUACCCGUACAUUUACUCUUUAGCAUCCUGUAUCAUGGAAAAACUACAGGAAAUAGACAAGAGAAAACCUGAAAACACUGCUGAGCUUCAGAUCUUCCAAGAAGGCAUAAAGGUCUUAGAAACACUGGUUACUGUUGCUGAAGAACACCAUCGCUCUCAGCUGGUGGCCUGUCUUUUGCCCAUCCUCAUUUCCUUCCUUUUGGAUGAAAAUGCUCUGGGAUCAGCAACUUCCAUAAUGAGAAAUUUACAUGACUUUGCUCUACAAAAUCUCAUGCAGAUUGGACCUCAGUAUUCAUCUGUUUUUAAAAGUUUAGUGGCUUCUUCUCCAGCCCUAAAAGCCCGCCUUGAGGCUGCUAUAAAGGGCAAUCAGGAAAGUGUCAAAGUCAAGAUACCAACGUCUAAAUAUACUAAGAGUCCUGGAAAAAACUCAAGCAUCCAAUUAAAGACCAGUUUCCUCUGAUGUUAUUAUUAUUAUUAUUAUUAUUUGGAAUAGUAAGCACCUUAAUAUAAUACUUGAUCAUUUCCUUUGGGGACAAAAGGGACAUUUUAGACACAAGUGUCCUUGGAGGUCUAGUUGAUUGUUUUACCUUAAACAGCUGUGACUCUUCAAAGUAACAGCAUACUUACCAUUUUUUUGUGUGUGCGUGGGUUUUGUGGGUUGGUUGGUUGGUUGGUUUUUUCUAUUUAAAAAGACAACGGAGCUAACUUACCAGGAAUUUUAAGAAAGUGCUAAAGAAACUUAAACUUUCUAAACAAAUCUACUGCUUUAAAAUGAAAUGGAUUUCUUCUAACAGUCCGUACACAUGCGGUAUACUUAAUACUGUGACAGAUACAAAUAUGACUCUAGUGUAAAUUAUCUGCACUAAUAUUUAUCCAGUUGCUGAUUUAAAAUCUGCCUGGCCAGGUAUGGUGGCUCACCCCUGUAAUUCCAGCACUUUGGGAGGCCAAGGCAGUUGGAUCACGAGUCAGGAUUCGAGACCACACCCUGACCAACAUGGUGAAACCAAAUGUACUACUAAAAGUACAAAAAUUAGCUGGGGUAUGGUGGCACGCACACUGUAAUCCCAGCUACUCAGGAAGGCUGAAGCAGGAGAAAUUGCUUGAACCUGGGAGACAGAGUUGCAGUGAGCCGAGAUUGUGCCACUGCACUCCACCCUGGGCAACAGAGUGAGACUCCAUCUCAAAAAAAAAAAAAAAAAUUCUGCCUUAUUCAGUAAUUGUAUUAAACUUUCUCCGAUUUCUCUAAGAAGAUAAAAUGAUUGGAGGACUAUUUAGGAAACCUGGUCUAGGAUUAUCCAGUAUACAAUAAUACAGAUUACUUACAGCCUUACAGUGUGACAUAAGAUUUGGUAUCUAUAUCAUGGUUUUUCACCAUCUUUUGGUUUAGUUUAUAUUGGGUUCAGAAAAUGGAAGUUUUACUCAUUUUAAAUAGAAUAAGGCAUCUCCACUAUUUUUCAAAUGGAUUUUUCCGUUUACCUUUGUUCUUACUAAUUGUGUUCAUUUUCAUUUGUGGCAAACAUUUGUAUCAAUGAGUUUUAAUAUAGGUUCAUAUCUAUAUUGUAUUUAGAUCAACUAUGGGUUUAUAUAAAUGCCAAAUUUAGUACAGCAAAUUUAGGUCAUCAGGUGAAUACAAGUAUUUUUUUUAACAUGAAACAUAUUUUAUUAUAGAAAAAAGAUUAAUGAUAAAGUCAUAUUGGUUGAAAAAUAUUUUUUAACUCUGUUCAUGAUUGUUGAUUCUCCUUCUACUUCAGUGUUAUACUGUGUGAAUCAAGCGCUGUGUCAAAACAGAGCAUUUCCCUGUUAAAAAUUACAAACCGAAGUGAUAGAGGCAUGUCAGAAUUGAGAAAACAUUUUGAAGCAAGAGCAAUGUGAUGUACCUAUUUUAUUAUGUUUGUAUAUAAAUACUAUUGUAAACUGUUCAGAGUGAAAACAUUUGACAAACUCUAACACUACAAUCAUUUUUUCUAAAUUACAUAAAUAAAGCUAAUUUUCAUUAUCA